UGAUGAGCGAGGACGAUGAAAACUACUAAAGCUAACAACAGUUGAUAAACAAGCGCGAAGCAAUACUAACAGCAAGGAUGCCACCCAAUAAAUCAAAAAGUGUGACAAGCAGUGCAGGCAGUAAGAAGAAAGGCAAGAAGACUGAGUCACCUGCACAAGGGGAAAAGCUUGGUCACCCUGAUGAUAUCCUCCCCAUGGUCCUGACAUCAGCCACCCAGGAGCUCUUUGGUUGCCGGGCGGAUGAGGACGUCACAGGGGAGAGCCCUUACAAGCUGCUAAAAAAAGACGACAUCAUACAGGACCUUAAGACAAGAGCCGCAGUGUCCGAUUUCAGCCCUGCGAAGCAGAUUGUGCUGGACUACCCAGAGGAUGAGCUCCUGCUGGUGUUUGACAGGGACUUCACCUAUGACCAAUUAUUCUACCUGGUUCUGACUCCAGAAGCCAAAGACAGAAUCCUCAAUCCCCCACAGCCUGAGACACCAGAGGUUUGUGAGAAUGAAGUUAAUAAUAAAACCGGAAGAUCAGAACCGAAGCCAUGGAUAUCUCUUGGUAGUGAGCAGGAAAUAGAUGAGGAAUCUUUCGAAGAGAGCAGGGAAAAGCUGUGGUACAAGUUCUCCAGAGUGAGGAGGAAGUUUGGCGCUCCAGUCUGUUUUUCUGACCGUAACACCUACAUGGAGUGUGUUCCCUUCCACGACAGCAGAUUCAGAAUCAAACAGAUGCAGAGGGACUGCGGGAUGCAGGCUGUUCCCAGAAUGCAGAGCAGCAGUUCUCAGACUCAGUGGAAGUUUAAGAGGAAUAUCUUUACCCAGUACACGCCAAGAGAGUUAAGUGAUGGAGAUAAGGAGAACAUCCACCAGCGUGAGAAUCUGAAGCAUUUCUGCAACUCUGUGACCCCCAGAGUUUUGCAAGCCCUACAGCAGGAGGAAAUCAUGAAUGUGUUCUUCGAUGACUGGAAGGCCCUGGGGACAGGUGAUGAUGCUGACUGGUCGGGGAAGAUUUUCGAAGGUUUGAUGCUCUAUCAGGCCUUCACAGACCAGAAGUACACCAAGGACAAGAAGAUCAGCAGCAUAAACUGGCACCCUACCAUCUACGGUGUGCUAGCUGUGGCUUUGACAGAAAAAAAGACGGAGGAGGUAAUGGAUGAGUCCUCAGCGUUCGAAGUCAGAGAGUCUCACAUUGUCUUCUAUAGUUUCUCCGACCCCUCUAAUCCCCAGUUGCUGCUGGAGUGCCCAGAUGACAUUUUUGCCUUUGAGUUCUGCCCCUCUGAUCCAAAUAUUAUCGUUGGCGGCUGCGUGAAUGGCCAGGUGGUGUUGUGGGACAUUUCUGCUCACGUCAUACACCUACAGGGAACACAGUCAGGCAAAGAUGCUUCACUCAACACUGACACAUUCGACCUCGAUGACAACAAAGAGAAUAAGACUCCUGUUGUGCGCUACUGUGCUGUGUCUGCAUUAGAGAGCAGCCACAAAGCGCCAAUUACUGAUGUCCAGUGGCUGCCACCAACAUUUGAGGUGACCAAGUUGGGCUUACCUGUGGAGAACAAGAACAACGUAUCUGUUCAGGUCGUCACCUGCUCCCCAGACUGUGCUUUAAUGUUCUGGGAUGUGCGAGUGACAAAACUGUUGAGCCAGUCAGGGUCGGACAGGAAGCAGAAUGCCGAUCAGAAGACUUCCUACGGUGUCCCUGAGACUUUCAAACAUCUGGACCGGACAUGGAAGCCUCUGUUUAAGGUUUCCCUGCCAAAGAUCGAUACCGGUGGAGAAUACGCUCCUCUCAAGUUCAGCCUGGAACUCUACAGCUGUAACGCUAAUAAUACAGGCAGGACCAAAGAGGAAGCUAAUGAGAAUGAUGACGGCUCAAAGGUCGUCCCUGACUACAGCCAGCUCAGAGUGCCCUCGGCAAAAAUACUCGCUACUCUGGAAGAUGUCAAUACCAGGCUCUAUAUUGGAACAGAGGAUGGGGAGAUUAUUUACACCGACUGGAAACUGGUGAAGGACGACUCUGGGAGGCAGCAGAGUGCCAAGCCCCUCCACUGCUUUAGAACCCAUCACUGGCUGGUGAACACGGUACAGAGGUCGCCCUUCUACAAAGACAUUAUUUUGACAAUGGGAAGCUGGAACUUCGCCAUCUGGAAGGAGGGAGUCAUGGAAGGCCCCAUCGUCACGUCCCCGAGCUCUGAGCAGGUGUGCACAGCUGGAUGUUGGUCCCCGUCCCGGCCAGCUGUUUUCUUCAUCGGGAAAGAUGACGGCAGCAUCGAGGUGUGGAACCUGCUGGAGAAGACCGGUGAACCUUUGCAGGUCCACGCUCACAUCACUGAUGCCAAGAUCACCUGCAUCAAACCCUGGACCGCCUCCUCCAAGCAGCACUUCCUGGCGGUGACUGACGACCUUGGGAUGGUUCGUGUUUUGGAAAUCCCAAAGACCCUCUACGCUCCGUCCAGGAGUGAGAAUUUGAGUGUGAAGAAGUACUUCAAGCUGGAGGAGGACAGGUUAAAGGAUUUUAUGAAGAGGGAUGAGCUGUGGGCGAAACAGAAGAAGGAAGCAGAGGAGCUCAAGAAGAAAAUGGAUCCUGUCAAGCCGGUCAAAUCUCUGACAGAGAAUGACGAGGAGAACAUGAAGGAGUAUAAUGUUCACCUGGAGGUGGAGGAGAGCGUCCUGAAGGGCCUGGGCCUGUGGACCGCUCCUGCCGACACGGAAGAUACAUGAUAUCCCACGCAUUUACACACAUCUGCACGGACUGCAUUUAUACAGAA